AGCUCCGCAGCUCAGAGUCACGGACUGAGUCUGGAUCAGGCAGCGGCGCACUUUUCCUCCGGGUUCCAGCUUUUCCCUGCGUGGUGGUUCUGUUCGGACCGCAGAGCUGCUGGUCUUCAGAGACCGAGCGGACAGAGACAUGAGGACCAACACGGGCGGAGCGCAUCGCCUCUGGCUGCUGGCGCUUCUGCUGAGUCUGUGCGCAGAGGUGUGUCACUCCUCUGGUUACUUCGAGCUGCAGAUCCUCUUGGUGGAGAACCGAGGAGGUCAGCUCCUCAACGGUGAAUGCUGUGACACAGUGGAUGGCGCAGUGCGGGGGAGCUGUGGCCCGGAUGAGUGCGACACCUACUUCAGAUUUUGCCUAAAGGAAUACCAGCAAGAUCUGAAGACUGGCGGACAGUGCCAUUAUGGGUCAGAGGUCACCAAGGUCAUUGGUGGGAAUAGUUUCCAGUUCAAGGGAAGCCAGAAGGGCGGGCAUGAGUCGGGAAAGAUCGUCAUUCCCUUCCAGUUCUCGUGGCCGCAAGACUACAGUCUGAUAGUGGAGGCAUGGGAUGAGGACAAUGGCACACACAGCAGCGACAAUGAGCUUCUGAUCGAACGCGUCAUCCUCAAAGGGAAGAUUAACCCUGGAGAAGAGAAGCAGCUGUUGGAACAUAAAGGCGCCGUGGCUACCAUUAGCUUCACCAUACGCGUUCGCUGCGAUGAGCACUACUAUGGAAUCAGAUGCAACGUGGUGUGUCGCCCUCGAGACGACUACUUUGGACAUUAUAAGUGUGACCAUUCUGGGAAGAGGCACUGCAUGGAGGGCUGGAAGGGAGAGGACUGCAAAACAGCCAUCUGCAAACAGGGAUGCAGCCCCUUCCAUGGGACCUGCAGCGUUCCAGGAGAAUGCAAGUGUAAUUACGGGUGGGGCGGUCCACUGUGUGACAGAUGCCUGCCCUACCCCGGCUGUGUCCACGGUACCUGUUCUGAGCCCUGGCAGUGCACCUGUGAGAAGAACUGGGGCGGCUUGCUAUGUGAUAAAGAUCUGAACUACUGCGGGACCAACCUGCCCUGUAAGAACGGAGGAACCUGCAUGAACACGGAGCCAGAUGAAUACCACUGUGCUUGUCUUGAUGGCUACUCUGGCAAAAACUGUCAAAUUGCGGAGCACGCCUGCUUGUCCAACCCCUGUGCCAACAGAGGGACAUGUCAUGAAGUCCCUUCAGGGUUCGAGUGUCACUGUCCUGUGGGCUGGUCGGGACCAACCUGUGCUGAAGACACUGAUGAAUGUGCCUCAUCGCCCUGUGCUAAUGGAGGAACCUGCAUCGACAUGGAGAGCAGCUUUGAGUGCCUCUGCCCCCCUCAGUGGACAGGAAAGACCUGCCAGAUUGAUAUGAGGAGCUGCCAUGGACAGUGUCAGAACGGAGGAACCUGUAAGAACACCGCCAGAGGCUACCAGUGUGUUUGCCAGUCGGGUUAUGUGGGUCGGCACUGCGAGGUUCCAAAAAAUGGCUGCUCCAGCAGUCCGUGCAGAAACGGUGGGCGCUGCCGCACCCUCCUGGAGGGAUUUGUCUGUGACUGCCCACAAGGCUUCACCGGGACUACCUGUGAGGUGCAGAGGGAUCCUUGUUCUCCCAACCCCUGUAAAAACCAGGCCCGGUGCCACAGCAUGGCAGGUGACUUCUACUGCAGCUGCCCUGAUGAAUAUGAGGGUAAAACCUGCUCUCAGUUCAAGGACCAUUGCAAGACCAACCAGUGUGAAGUGAUUGACAGCUGCACCGUUGCCGUAGCAACCAAUGAUCCUCAGCAGAAAGUGUGGCAUAUUUCAUCGAACGUGUGUGGGCCCCACGGUCGCUGCAUUAGCCUGCCUGCCGGGAACUUCAGCUGCUCCUGUGAUCCAGGAUUCACUGGCACCUACUGCCACCAGAACAUCAAUGACUGCGCCUCGUCUCCGUGUAAAAAUGGAGGCACGUGCAUCGAUGGGAUCGGCUCCUUCCAGUGUGUGUGUCUGGGCGGCUGGGAGGGCGUCCUGUGUGACGGCGAUGUGAACGAAUGCAGCAGUGACCCCUGUCAGAACGGAGGCCAGUGUGUGGAUCUGCUCAAUGAUUUCUACUGCCUCUGUGUGGACGGCUGGAAAGGAAAACACUGCCACUUACGUGAGAGCCAGUGUGACUCCAACACCUGCAGGAAUGGAGGAACUUGUUAUGAUCAUGGAGACUCGUUCCUGUGCCGCUGCCUGUCAGGGUGGACAGGAAACACCUGCAACACAGCUCUGAACAGCAGCUGUGAUGUGGAUCCAUGUGAGAACGGAGGAACCUGUGUAGGAGGAGAACCUUUCACCUGCAUCUGCAGAGAUGGCUGGGAGGGGCCCACCUGUGCACAGAACAUGGAUGACUGCAGCCCCCACCCUUGCUACAACGGCGGCACCUGUGUAGACGGAGUGAACUGGUUUCGCUGCAAUUGUGCCCCGGGAUUUGCUGGACCUGAUUGUCGCACCAAUAUACAUGAGUGUCAGUCGUCUCCGUGCGCAGAAGGCUCCACAUGUAUCGAUGAGAUCGCUGCCUACCGCUGCAUCUGUCCUCCUGGGCGAGCUGGACCGCGCUGUCAGCAGACCAGCGGCUCUGGGAAGUCCUGCCGCCAUGCUGGCCUGCUAUAUCCUCAUGGCAGCCGCUGGGAGGAGGAGUGUAACGCCUGUCAGUGUAUCGGCGGCCAUGUUUUCUGCUCCAAGGUGAGGUGUGGCCGCCGGCCCUGCAUCCUGCCCAGAGCCGUCCCAGCUUCAGGCGUCGGCCAUCAGUCCUGUCCUGAAGGCCUAGACUGUGUCCAACAUCCCACUCUCACCUGCCUCUCUCCGCCAUGUCACCAGUGGGGUGUGUGCUCGGUACCAGACCCCCCCACUCCAGUGCACACUCAGUUUGAGCCUAAUAGUGGCUACUUGGACAACAGCUGUGCUCGCAUCACGCUCAUCUAUGACAAGGACAAAGUGCCCCAGGGCACCACUGUGGAGAACAUCUGCUCCGAGCUGCGCUACCUUCCAGUGACCCAGACGCUGGCUGUGGACCGAGCCCUGAACAUCCUCUGUGACCUGUCCUACACCACUAGUGAUGCUGUGGAGGUUGCCAUGUCUUUCGAAAACGACGGCCAAUCAGAGGACAGUGACUGUGAGGAGAUCCAGAGGGCUACCAGUGCCAUUACUGGCACUCUGUCAAAAUACCACAACACCACCUUCCUUCAAGCUGUGGUGGAAGCCAGUGUGGAGAUGCGGGUUAAAUGUCCUGCUCAAGGUUAUUUAGUGCCGGCGCUGGGGGUCGUCUUCAGCAUCCUGUGGAUCUUCUGCCUGGUUGUUUGUGUUUGGUGGACCCGGAAAAGAAAGAAAGGGCGAGAGAGAGCCAGACUGUCUGCAGACGCUACCACUAACAACCAGCUGGAGCCGCUGCGGAGCCACGCCCAUAAAGACAAUCGCGACAAAGACGUUCAGUACAAAUGCAAGAAAGAAAUGGGCCCAUCAGGCAGGACGCGUGAGAGGGGCGACGAAGAGGAGUGGCAGCUGAAGGGGUUGCCAGAGGAAGAUGAGCUUCUGCCACAUAAGCGCCCCCUAGUGGGGGCUCAGGACAGGAGCUUGAACAUAAAGGGGGAGGGGAUCUGGACGACGUGCAGAAUUCCAGUGAAGGCGCCGCAUCGGACAGCGUACAGCCCCAAAGACAACCGCUGUAAAAACUCCACCAGGCUCAGCGAGGACCACCAUGUUUAAGGCGGGGAGGCGUGGGGCCUUCAGGGACCUCCUAACUCCACACAAGCAAAGAUGACAGCUUUAAUUCUCCCUGUGUAGAAAGACUUAUUAAUGUUCUCUAUUUCCAACAAGGAGGUUUUCGUGAAUCAUCAAACAUGUUUCAUGAAAAAAAUACUCUGUGUUUCUGGAAAGCUAAAGUCUUUAGUUGGACGGUUUCAUGGCUUACGGUUAAAUCC